UGGUUGUUCUAUCGAAAUUGAACGCAUAUUCCUCCAGUGACAAUUCUCCUGAAAAUAACACUAAUCCCACUGUCUUUAGGCCGCACUUUCAUCCAUUAUUUAUUUUCAAUUUCACCUGUGUUCGUUCUCCGAAACACAGUUCGCACAUACAUAAAUAUCCACAGAAUGUACCCGAACCGACGACGAAUCGGAGUAACUCGCGCUAACGCAAUUCUAAAACGCAGAGAGAGAAUGCACACAAUAACGCCAGCAGGCUGUCGGGUUCCGCGAAGAGAGGCCGCAAUCAGACCAUUAGCUAAAAUUGACUCGAUCCGGCUCAUCCUCUUUGUUUCCUGUCCUUCCGUUGCCAAGAACCAGUCUGCCCAUCCACCUCGUCGAAGAAAGGUCGCGUGUCGAUGAUCUCUUCUCGGUCCGGAACGCACCACUAGUCGCGAUUCGAUGCGCCCAAUACGUUUCGGUGUCUUUGCAUAAAGGUAAAAGUUGGACGUUGCGGAAAUCGCAACGAUACGCGGAACAUAGAGGUACGACGCGCCGCGCCAGCUAAACGAUCGAGAAUGAACGCGUAGAGCGAUCGAGCUGGCUUGGAAUCUCCUGUGCAUAUAAUCGGGAUCGGAAGUGUGGUGUGACCAUGCGCGGUCCGGCAACGUCGAUCGGCGCCAGCUGAUCGGACCCGAAGGCGAUGUUGCCGUAGACCGAUGGCCUCGAUGAAUGGCAUUGCAAGGUCUGUCUCGGUGCAAUGCAGUGCUCUGUGCGGUGAUGUAGACAUGUGCGGGUGCCGAUCGCGAGAUGGAAGGGCUUUUUCAGGCUCUCUUCGUCUAUUACCGCUUCAACCACCAGGUAAGAUCCAACUCCAUAUAUUCGGAUGCAAUGUAGUCCCUAAACAUCACAUGUCAGCUGGAUCACAGAUACAGAUGGCACCACAGUCUAUUGUCAACACAACCCAACCCGUUCAUAGCCAGGACUCCAAUAUGAGUACAGGUUCGUCUCACAGUGAUAAAGAGGUGGACCCGAAUACUCCGGAGAAGUUGCCAAGGACGCCGAGCGAAAGAAAGAGAAAAAGAAAAGUCGAGGAUUCUGGCGGUGGACCAGUCGGUAAAGGUGUGCGAAACGCCAAUUCGGAAAAGAAAAUCAACGAAUACUUCAAACAUUCUGGCAACAGCCCCAUAAGGCACGGUGGGGCUAAGAGUCCGUCUCCGCAGCAACCCUAUCAUCUGAUGUUCCCCCCCUCACCUCAACAGGUGGGACUUCCCAGCCCUCAGAUGCCGCCUGCAAACACCGUUCCUUUCGAGUUUUUGAGCAAAACUCCGAAAAUGCCCAUCAACACCAAUACCAAUAAAUACGUACAGGUAAAGCGUACACGGAAUCCCGUGCUGACAUCGAAAAACGCUUCUAGAUGCUCAGCUCCGUUAAUUCUGGAACAUGCCCACACUGACUUAACGUGUCAUGCCAUACAGGAAUACGAGACGCAUACGUCGUCAGAUUUGGAGGCCCGCAACAAUAAGAUCGAAGAGCUGACGAGGCAAGGCGAAGAGCUGAGGCAUCAGAUCAGCACGCAGCAGAAGACCAUCGAGCAGCAGAAGCAGCACAUAAAUAAAUGUAUAGAGGUCGUUAAGAAGUUACUCAAAGAGAAGAGCUCAAUAGAGAAGAAGGAGGCUAGGCAAAGGUGCAUGCAGAACAGGCUUAGGCUGGGACAGUUCGUGACGCAGAGGGUGGGAGCCACCUUCCAGGAGAACUGGACCGAUGGACAUGCUUUCCAGGAAUUAGCUAGGCGGCAGGAAGAAAUAACUGCCGAAAGGGAAGAGAUAGAUAGACAAAAGAAAUUGCUUAUGAAGAAGAGGCCGUCGACGAACGAGGGCGGUCGUAAGAGAAGCUCAAACUUGCACAACGGCACCGAUUCGGGCUUCCUGAAGCCAGACGCCGUACCGGGUUCCUUUACAUUACAAGAGUACUAUGAGGCUGACGAGAUAUUAAAAUUAAGGCAGAACGCACUGAAGAAAGAGGAUGCGGAUCUUCAGUUGGAAAUGGAGAAACUGGAACGGGAACGCAAUCUGCACAUCAGAGAACUGAAACGCAUCCAUAACGAGGAUCAGUCAAGGUUCAACAAUCACCCCGUACUGAACGAGAGGUAUCUUUUGCUGAUGCUGCUGGGCAAGGGCGGUUUCAGCGAGGUGCACAAGGCUUUCGAUCUGAAGGAGCAGAGGUAUGUCGCCUGCAAGGUGCACCAAUUGAACAAAGACUGGAAAGAGGACAAGAAGGCUAACUAUAUAAAGCAUGCGCUGCGAGAGUAUAACAUCCAUAAAGCUUUGGAUCACCCGAGGGUAGUCAAAUUAUAUGACGUUUUUGAAAUAGAUGCAAAUUCGUUUUGUACAGUCUUAGAAUAUUGUGAUGGCCACGAUCUAGAUUUCUACUUGAAGCAGCAUAAAACGAUAGCGGAAAGGGAAGCAAGAUCGAUCAUAAUGCAAGUUGUGUCGGCCCUGAAGUACCUGAACGAGAUUAAACCGCCUGUGAUCCAUUACGACCUAAAACCCGGCAACAUUUUGCUGACGGAGGGAAACGUCUGCGGCGAAAUCAAAAUUACGGAUUUCGGACUGAGUAAAGUGAUGGAUGAGGAAAAUUACAAUCCGGAUCACGGAAUGGAUCUGACGUCCCAAGGAGCCGGCACUUACUGGUACCUCCCACCGGAGUGUUUCGUGGUUGGAAAGAAUCCGCCUAAGAUUUCCUCCAAGGUGGACGUAUGGAGUGUGGGUGUGAUUUUCUAUCAGUGUCUCUAUGGCAAGAAACCUUUCGGCCACAACCAGUCCCAAGCGACGAUUUUAGAAGAAAAUACUAUAUUGAAGGCAACUGAUGUUCAGUUCGCGAAUAAACCAGCAGUCACAAAUGAGGCUAAGAGCUUCAUCCGUGCCUGCUUAGCCUACAGGAAAGAGGAUCGUAUCGAUGUUCUCUCCUUGGCAAAACACGAAUACCUACAGCCGCCGAUGCCUAAACAUUCGAGGCUCACCUCCACGCAGCAGCAACAACAGCACCAGCAGCAGGCGGCCCAGCAGCAACAGUCCCAACAGUCUGUCGCCGGCACCUUUUCGACGGGUCUCUUCGGCGGCAUGAACGCUUCCUCUUCGUCUUAGUGCAGUGCUGUGUUAAAAUAAGUUAUUUAAUUAAUUGUCCGUUCGGUCGGAGCGCGAGCACGACCCCCGGGACUGAUAGGCUGUGAGGUUUGGAACUACGAUGGUGAAGGAGCCAGUUCAAAAUGACUGAGACUGAACGAUUUUGAAUGGUUUCCUUUUCAGGCUCUCUGUGGACAUUCUGAUGAAAUAUGAUUGCCAAACUAGAAGAAAACUCCCGUUAUGAAGGAAACUCUUUCCAAAUGUUUCUUCGUCGUCUCUGGCCCCUGCCGCCACUCUGCUCGCCUCCAAAAAUAAUAAUAAUUAUUUAUAACAUAACUAACUAUAUAUAAAAAGUGAAUCUAACUAUACAUAAACAGUCUCUUAAGUUAUUGAAAACGAAAAGUGAUGUGAUCAUAGACAGGAAGUGAAAAGUUUUCAAAUCCACCCCCUUUCCCCUUAUCCGGUAUGAACGGAAUUUGUUGUAUAUUUGAAGUGAAUACUUUGAAAAAUGAAACGGACCGGGACGAAAGUUCGCGAAAUGGUAACAUUGUUUUAGUCUAAUUCCUCUUGUUGCUUAAGCUUUUCUCCUUGUGGAGUUCCUGUAACGGAAGAAGAACUCUGAAUAGGUUAUAUACACUGUUGCCCUCUUGGACGUUUAUCUCUUUAACGCUAUUUUCUAGGUAGCAAGGUACUUGCUAUAAGAAACUUUUUUAUUCUAGUCUCUUGCAACUGGAUCCAGUCUGGGAAAGGUUCCGUACUCGUUUAUUUGGUCAUUGUUUAUGCGGCACAUUUUUCCAGCUGGGUUCCUUGUUGUGAUCAUUAAAUUUGACGGGGCAUUACAAGUUACACGUCCGUAAAACUUUUUAAUUCGAAGAUUUCAAAUUUUGUUGUCAGCGUUUUCAAUAUAUUAUUGAAGUUAUUCCUAUAAAGUUCAAAUUUUUGUUGAACAUCUGCCGAUUAGAAUCAGCAGUGAAUGUAGUGAAAUAAUGCAUGCUGCACGAGUUUCACUUCCGAAAGCAAAGGAAUCAAAACCUUUCAACGAAUAGAUUGGAUAUACCAAAAGAAUGGAAAUUAUUUGAAACAUUUCAGAAUUAUAUUUUGAAGGUUGUUGUUUUAAUGAUCUAUUUUCAGAACAUUAUGGAUUCAAGAAGGUUGAAUUGUAUUAUAUUUUUCUUGGUGCGAUUUUUGAUACUUUCCAAUCUUCAGUAUUUUUUCAUUCAUUUAUCAACUGUUUUUUGUUUUAUAAUAUUUACUUUUUUUUUACAAUUAUAUUUGUAUUUGAUUUUUUGUUUAUUAGCUUAGACAGUUUUUGACGUAGUCCAUAUGGCAAGAAUAACUGAAGUGAUACAGAUGGUAAAAUAAACUGAUGAAAUCAAAUUCUGAGGCUUUUUUAUUGAAAGAACUUACUUGACCUAGCGAAAAUAUUUCGAAUUACAUUUUAGUUUUGUUCAAAGUUCUCUACUUGUGGAAUUUGAAUAUAAUAACUAUUUCUUAUUUAUCUGGUGGCAUAUCUCUUUCCAGCAUAAAAAUCGGUUUCACUUCAGAACAUUUGAAAUAAGAUCAGAAAAACUUCAUUGCGUGAAGUGCUGGCAGCUUUUACGGGAAUUUCUGGAAUUUUCAAAUAAUCAGCAUGCAUUAUUGGCUACUCGUAUAUUCUUCAGAUUUCUCAGACUCAUUGGAUUGGUUGAUUCCUCACUCUAUAUUCUAGGAUGUUCUUUUUAUAUGAUUAUUUCCUAUUUUGAAUUAUUUAGAUGCACAUCUCUUUCACUUUUAGCUUUUGGAGUACAUGGAAAAGGCAGCUAUUUGUCAUGUAACGAAAGGACUGUUUCCAAUAUGUUGUUUUUCUCAUUAAAAAAAUGGUUACCACAUUGAUGAACAGAUUUGAUUCUUCAUGUUGAAUUCACCAUUCUUGUUCACCAAAGUAACAUGAUUUCCUUUCUUCAAAAAGAAAAAACAACAGGAUUAAAUAACACCUUGCAAGAAAAGAACAAAACACGAAUAGGAUCUCGAAAUUAUCCAUUAUGUGGGGUGCUAAAAGAAAAUUAACCUAGACGGUCUUCAUUAAUCAUUACAGCCCCAGGGGUGAACAUUUUUGAGCUUCUUUCGAUAAUAUUCAGAAAGAAGAUCUUCAAAAGUUACAGGAACUUGUAUCACAGUCCAUUUUUAUGAAUGCAAACUAAAAAUUUUAUGGAAACAAGGAGCCUCGACUUAUUUUUUGGAAGUGACCUUGCUUUGUACCAUAGUAUGUAUUCGAUUCGGUUUGCAACAUCCCCAUAUUAAGAUCUUAUAAAUAAUAGUGUAACAUGUACAGAAGGCCAUAAAUUAUCAUGCUCAAUAUUUGGAGCUUAGCAUCAUGUGGAUCUUGUUUUUAUUUUUUUUUUUUUGCUUUUGAGACAUUUUUGCGAAUUCUUUAUUUUCAGCAAUUAUUAUUUUGAAGAACCAGUUCUACUGUACCUAUAUUGUAUAACUUGAUAUACAUCUGACUUUAGGCGUUAUCUCUGUAUAAAUUAUUUGUUCAGGUUUAUUGUUUCUAGUGUGGAGCAGAACUAAUUAGAAGAUAUUUAAGUUAUUUCAUUUUUCCAAAUAUAAUCACAUAUUUGUGAAUUUUCCACGCUAAAUCAACGUUGUUAUUGUAAUAUUUAUUGUUCAAGACAUAAAUGCAAUAUCAUAAAACUUAAAUAAUUCAAGAAAUUAAACUUAGAAUAAGUAAUUAUAGUAGCUGGAUGUACAUAUAUAAAAAUAAUUAAAUUGUGAACUAGAGGGAAUUCCAGAAUGUCUCAAACAAUGUCAAAUCUAAAUUUUUCUGUAACACUUGAAAAAUUUUCCCUUAGGAUCUUGAACAAAGGGAGUAGGUAUUGCACCAAGAGUACAUCGAAAAUGCAGAAAAUAUUAGUUCAAAAGCUGCCAGGGAAAAUUUUGCAAAUGGAAUAUUGACAUUCAAAUAAUUUCCAUCUAUAAUCGAUGUCUCAUCCUAGACCCUUGAGAAAAGACACAGAUAAAUUUUUGGUGCUUCCUAUCAGAAUACUUGUAUCAUCUAUUCAUCAAGAUAGAAUUUAAACAAUGUUAUUAAAUAUCUUGACGAGUUCCGACUUAUUUUGUAGGAUUUUGGAAAAUUUGUUGAAGUUUUUUAUUUAUCAUUUCCGCAUGCUUGUAUAAAAGGUUUUACUGUAUCUAGAACCAUAUUUUUAAAGUGAUAUUCAAAUUUAUGUACAUGUGGUUGAAAAUAUGGUACACCAACUUUAUGAUAUCGUCACAAUACAAAUACUUUAUUAAGAUGAAUCAUCUUUAUAACUAUAAGAAGUUCAUUCUAAUUCCUACUUGUCCAAGGUGAUUUAUUUUGAGUAUUUGUAGAUUUAUUCCUACUUUUUUUUAUUGUUGCAAAAACAAAGCUGGAAUAGUAUUGUAAAAAUUUCAAUUUUAUUGUAAAAAGUAUAUAUUGUAUUUAUGAUAUUAGGUGAAAUAAAUUUGGUUAAGUUUAACCAAGCAGCAGUAAUUUAAUUGUUUUCUGAAUGGUACACCAUGAUAUUGAAAUGAGUAGUUUUCAUUAAAUCAAAAGAGUCUGAAUCAACAUUAAAUAUGCUUCCUUCAUAA